AUGGGGACAUGGCAACAUCACGGAGAGCGGGACGCCCGUUAUCGCAUUAACCCACAGGUGAUCGGUUGCACUGUUCUGGGAUGUGGCUGUGAAGGUUUCCAGCCUGAGAAGGUCAACUUGAGAUCGUGUGGCCAGUGCCACCAUGGAUGGGUCGUUCAUGGUAAAAACAGGCUUUCCCUUCAACAUUUCAAAGUCGAGGCGGUACGAGCAUCCCAGGUGUAUGACCUCAGCAGUCUGCUGCUGUUCGGAGCCCAAGCGGUGCCCACACGCAUGAAGAUCCUCCUGGACCGCCUCUACAGUGUACUGCCCCCUGCUGACGUCAGGAACAUACUACACUCACUGGGCUGGACCCUCAGGGACUAUGUCAGGGGAUACAUACUGCAGGACUCUUUGGGUCGGGUUCUAGACCGCUGGGUGAUGAUGUCACACGACGAGGAGGUUGCGACCUUGCAGCAGUUCCUGCGCUUUGGUGAGACCCGGCCAAUCGUGGAGCUGAUGGGUCACCAGGCCCACGACCUCAACAUCGUCACGGCGACCAGGCCCAAUUCGGACAUCCGCUACUUCAUCGAGUGCAGCGGCCAAUCACGCAGUGCUGUGUCACCGUUGGGUGGGGCCGGCAACAGCUUGCACCAAUUUGAGAACCUGCAGGGGGCGUGUGUGUCCCUCCUCUCCCCUGUCCCGUUUGGUACACACACGCUCACACACACACCAGCGCUCACACACACACAGGGCCACGCCCGACUCAACAGCCUAUCAGAGCAGACACCAAAGAUCAACUCACCAAUCAGGGACAGCUGUGGCAAGGGAGGGAGUUUUGAUGUGGAUAGAGAGAGCCGCGUCAGCUGCUCGGCCUGCGCCAAGACGUUCUACGACAAGGGCACGCUGAAGAUCCACUACAACGCCGUGCACCUGAAGAUCAAACACGGCUGUACGGUGCCCGGCUGCUCGGCGCUCUUCAGCUCGCUCCGGAGCCGCAACCGCCACAGCGCCAACCCCAACCCGCGGCUGCACUCCCACUGGAAGGUGGUGAGAGCCAAAAGAAUGGGGAACCAACCAAUCCCAGAGCAGCAUUUCCAGUGCGAGAGCCCGCCCGCAAGAGGCCACGGCGAAAGUCCAGCGCUCCAGUGA